CACCAAUGAGAGCGGAGCUCUGCUGUGAAUGCGUCCAAUCAGAGUAGCGCGUCGAUGCAGCAGCAGCACGAUGACCGGAGCCAAUGAGUUCAAGCUGACCCAGGGUCCGGAGGACAGCGUCUCGGCUGUGAAGUUCAGCCCAAGCUCGGCUCAGUUCCUGCUGGUGUCGUCGUGGGACUGUACGGUCCGUCUGUUCGACGUCAGCGCUAACAGCAUGAGGAUGAAGUACCAGCAUCUGGCACCGGUUCUGGACUGCGCGUUCUAUGAUCCGACUCACGCGUGGAGCGGCGGUCUGGACAGCCAGCUGAAGACGCACGAUCUCAACACGGAUCAGGACACAAUCGUGGGGACGCACGACGCUCCCAUUCGCUGUGUGGAAUACUGUCCGGAGGUCAAUGUGAUGGUGACGGGCAGCUGGGACAUGUCUGUGAGGCUCUGGGACCCCAGAACACCCUGCAAUGCCGGGACCUUCACGCAACCCGAGAAGGUCUACACGCUGUCUGUGUUUCAGGUCUACACGCUGUCUGUGGCUGUGUUUCAGGUCUACACGCUGUCUGUGGCUGUGUUUCAGGUCUACACGCUGUCUGUGGCUGUGUUUCAGGUCUACACGCUGUCUGUGGCUGUGUUUCAGGUCUACACGCUGUCUGUGGCUGUGUUUCAGGUCUACACGCUGUCUGUGGCUGUGUUUCAGGUCUACACGCUGUCUGUGGCUGUGUUUCAGGUCUACACGCUGUCUGUGGCUGUGUUUCAGGUCUACACGCUGUCUGUGGCUGUGUUUCAGGUCUACACGCUGUCGCUGUCUGUGUUUCAGGUCUACACGCUGUCUGUGGCUGUGUUUCAGCUAUCUGUGGCUGUGUUUCAGCUGUCUGUGGCUGUAUUUCAGGUCUACACUCUGUCUGUGGCUGUGUUUCAGCUGUCUGUGGCUGCGUUUCAGGUCUACACGCUGUCUGUGGCUCUGUUUCAGGUCUACACGCUGUCUGUGGCUGUGUUUCAACUGUCUGUGUUUCAGGUCUACACGCUGUCUGUGGCUGUGUUUCAGGUCUACACGCUGUCUGUGGCUGUGUUUCAGGUCUACACGCUGUCUGUGGCUGUGUUUCAGGUCUACACGCUGUCUGUGGCUGUGUUUCAACGAGCUUUCCCCAACAAACAGGGUUACGUGUUGAGCUCCAUCGAGGGCAGAGUCGCUGUGGAGUAUCUGGACCCCAGUCUGGAGGUGCAGAAGAAGAAAUACGCCUUCAAGUGCCACAGACUGAAGGAGAACGGCAUCGAGCAGGUCUUUCCGGUCAACGCCAUCUCCUUCCACAGCGUCCACAACACGUUUGCCACCGGCGGUUCUGAUGGCUUCGUGAACAUUUGGGAUCCGUUCAACAAGAAGCGUCUGUGUCAGUUCCACCGUUACCCCACGAGCGUGGCGUCUCUGGCGUUCAGUACAGACGGCUCUCUGCUGGCCAUCGCCUGCUCGUACAUGCAGGAGCAGGGAGACGUCUCUCACCCCGCCGACGCCGUCUUCAUCCGCCAGGUGACCGACGCCGAGACCAAGCCCAAAUCCACGUGAAUGAAUCCUGAUUAAACGCUCUGCUGCCCUGUUUGAACUCAACACUCGUUUCCUUCACGUCUGUCUAUUUUACUCUCUCUCUGUCAACGGAUAAAAUUCAGUAAAUGUUUUCAUUUUAUGUUUUGCCCUCCAAUGUGUGUAUUUUUAUCUUUAGGAAAAAUAAAAAUAUCCUUUUCACUGAACAUGAGUGUCAUAUCAUAAUAGAAAUCAGUCUGAAAUCAGUGUUUUUUUCUCUUUCUAAUAUUGAAACUGUAAAGUUUUGCUUCAAACAGGUCAGACUUUCUCCUCUGAUCAUCUCUGAUGUCCGUCUCACAGUAAAUGAAGUUCACACUGACCCAAAGUCAUUCAUGCCAUUAUUUUAUCAAAUGAAAUGUGGAUUUAAUUCUUUGAAUUAUAACCGUAUGAAUUCAUUAAAAACAGGCAUGAAAUCCAAUCAAAUCCACAGAAAAACGCUUUUGUUGGUUGACUGAGUGAACCGUUCCUGUGUGCAGCUGCUCACACACUCACUUACUCACACAUUCACUCACA